AUGAUGGAUGUGGACAACAUGCCCAGCUUAUCUCUAGUCGCCGACGAGCCAGUGAACGAAGGAUGCUGUGUCUCUCCAUUGAAAAGAUCAAUGGAUGACUCAGUGUUUGAUCAUCUGAACUACAAACGUCAGAGGCAAACUGACAUUGACGACACAAGUUCGGAUGCUUCUACGGACAGGAAUGAAGAAGAUGCUUAUCUUGACAUUGUUUUCUUGAACAAGGACCUUGAUUACCUCAAGAAGAUACAAAGACUUAAUCCGGAAUUUGAUCCGCACAACAAGUUUGUAAACUAUAGGUAUAACACAAUCCACUACAUGUCUGGAGUCUGUCGAAGUCUAGCGCUGAAAUCCUUGACUCUCCACCGAGCUGUAAACUAUCUUGAUCGCCUCAUGGGAUCAGACGAUUUUCCCACCUCUCUCCACAGGCUCGCGGCAUCUGCCUGCGUGCUGGUUGCUGCCAAGUUUGAAGAGCAUCCGUCGAAGGUCCCAAGAGUCGACCAAGUGAUGGAGAUGAUAACGGGAAUAGGAAGCAAGGAUCAGCUGCUAGCAGCAGAGAAACUCCUCCUCCAAAAGCUGAACUGGAACGCUUCUUGCGCCACACACCUUCAUUUUUCCCACUGCUUCAUGCAUCAUGGUGUAUCGCAUCAUUGCGAUACUAGACAUGGAAGGCCAUUGAGCCCGGAGAACAUAAUCAGGAUCACUAGUCUCAUGGAGAGGAUCGCCACUGGCGUCUGUCUUCCAGAUUAUUCCUUUGUGCAGCACGACCAGGCACUGGUGGCCUCUGCUGGGUUGGCUGCAGCGCGCAGCAUGGUCGGGGUCGAUGAGGUCUGGCCGCGUCAGUUAGCGUCACGGACUGGAUAUUCCAUGGAGGAGAUCAAGGUGUGCGUGCAGCAGAUCUUGUUGCAACAAGACAGGCUGUGCAUUCCAAGGUUUACCAGCCUGGACCGAGAUGUUCUUGAGAAGAAUCUCAGCUCAUCACCGAAGUGCGUUGCGCUGGUCAGUGAAAGUUGGGACUAG